AAAGAUCCCGUCGCCGCUCCGCUUCUCUUGUAGACAUAAUAAUAGAGGGGUUCUUGUUGCUUGAGAGGCCACAUCGCCACCGGAACCGCCCCUCUCCUCCGGUGCCGCCGAUUCGAUGCCUGCGCGCCCCUCCGCCGACUGCCGAGCCCUGUCGCCCGUAGUAAGCUCUCCUUUUCUUUGCGAAGAGAGGAGGGGAGAUCUCCCUGGGCAGCCCCUCGGUCCCUUGUUCAGAUCCGGGAAUCGCAUGACCUAGCACUAGGCGGUCGGGUCGGCGGCUCUCGUUCUCGCGAUGGGGACCUCUCGGAGGAAGGGAUCUGGUAGAGCCGCCGCCGCCGUCUCACAGCAGCAGCAGUGGAAGGUCGGUGAUCUCGUCCUCGCCAAGAUGAGGGGCUUUCCGGCGUGGCCGGCCAUGAUUAGUGAACCAGAGAAGUGGGGCUUCUCUGCUGUGCGUAAGAAAUUGUUUGUUUACUUCUAUGGAACUAAACAAAUCGCCUUCUGCAAUUAUGCUGAUAUUGAAGCUUUCACCGAGGAGAAGAAGAAAUCUCUUUUGCUUAAGCGCCAGGGCAAAGGGGCUGAUUUUGUGCGAGCUGUUGAUGAGAUAAUUGAUAUUUAUGAAACUUUAAAGAAGCAGGAUCUGUAUGAAUCUAAUACAAGCAAUGAUGAUGUCGAGCCAUGUGCUGAAAAUCUGAAACUUGUAGGAACUAGAAGCAAUUCUUUUAGCUUUAGGAACCGUUUGGAACUUGGCUCACUUGUAGAUUCUGACCGUAAGUUAGAAACUGUCUGUGACAUGGAAGAAACCAAUGAUACUGUGGGUUCUGAAGAAGUUUCUGCAACCUCAACUGCAGAUGAUUCUCAAAAGGAUUUAGUGAUUGAUGAGCCACUUCAAAUGGUAACCGUUCUUGAUCAACUUAGACAAAACUCAUUAGGUGCUAGUAUUACUUCAAAGAAGAAAAGAUUUAGGGAUGAUUCCCAGGAUAGCUCAUUUUUACAGAAAAGUGUGCCAUCACGUAGGGGGUUUAAGAGUUCAUUGGUUGCUGAUUCCUCAAUAACUCAGGAGUCCACUUCAGUAUAUGAUUCUGAUCUAUCAGGUGAUUUGAUUCCUGAUGUGAUUCUUAGUGUGAAUGCAGAAAGCAAGACUAAGCAGCAUGCAUCUCAUACAUCUAAUUUUCAUGUCACGGAUGUGCCUUGUACUGCUAGUAUGCCUUCAAAUGGUUGCAGAGAGGAAACUGGUACUGAAAUUGUAGCAAAAGAUUAUGAGGCAUGUCAACUGAACAUAAGUGUUGUAGAAUCCAGUUGUCUUCAUGAAGCCUCUACAAAUGGAUGCUUGGGUGACAAAGAUAAGUUGAAUCGAAAUAUUGAACUCCCCACAAAAUCUUCUGUGCAUAAGAAAAUAAAAUCAAAUAGAAAACAAGUAAAUGAUGCUGCAGAAUGUGCUGUGUUGAACAAGGAUGAUGAUUUACAAGUUGUGUCUGGUUACAGUCCACCAAAUUCUUUCAACGCAAUGGAGGAAACAAAUCAGAAGGCAGAUGGAGAUGAACACCUUCCUCUGGUGAAGAGAGCUAGGGUCCGGAUGGGCAAACCGGUUGCAGAGGAGGCACAGCAUGGUGAGCUCAUCUGUGGUGAUGAAAAAUUGGAAACAUUAACCGUGGUGACUAGUUGUGACGAGCAGCAUACAUCCCCUACUUUUACAAAUACUAGUCUUCUCGAAGGGACAUUGUUAACAGGUAAAGAAGACUUAAAUUCGUCUGUACUAAACAAUUGCUCUCCACCUUCAGGAAAGGUCCUUAUGUUUUGGAAGGCCAAAAAUUAUCAAUUAAAGAAUUCCAUGCUAGAUGUUGAAGCCGCUUUGCCUCCAUCAAAGCGCCUACAUCGUGCUUUGGAAGCUAUGUCUGCUAAUGCUACUGAAGCUACAGAAAGUUGUACUGAAUCUACAAGGGCUAUAGAAGCUAAUAUCUUCAUGGCUUCUGAUGCAAAGUUCGGAAGCCCUGUAAGAUUGCGGAGCAUAUGCUCAUCUGACUGUGACACACAUGCAAUUAGUCAAUCAGGGUCAGUCACACAGAAUUUAGACAUUCCUUCUUUAUCUUCUUCAGAAGUAAAAACACAUGACAUUCUUGCCGACAUUGAAAUUGUUAGGAGCCCACAAAAUAAGGAUUGCAAUAAAAUUCUACAGAAUGUUGCUGAAUGCAAUGGAUUUAGUGUAUCCAAAGCUGUUGUUGGUAUUACUCAGAAGGAAAGUCCACAGCCAUGUUCUUCAAAGUUCACCGAAGAGGUUAAUGUCACACCCUCUGAUAAUUUGGCUGAUAAGGCACGUCUAUCAUUGGAUAAAACAAAUAAGGAUAUGAUGGAAAACAAGGAUGGAAACCACCAUGUUUGCAUGGACCACAUUAAUAGAGAUGAAAGUGUAGAACUUGUUGUACAUAAGCAGGAUGCUUUUUUAAAUGCUGAUGGGGGUAUUCACUUUGUGCCUCCUGAUGAAGCUGUUCUAACUGUAUCAGCUGCAGAUAUGGUUUCAAUAGCAAGCAGCACAUCCGGGGCCACAAUGUCUUCUUUUCAAUCUGAUGAAGACAGUCAAACUGUCACCAUGCAAGGUGCUGUUAAAGAAACUCAACACAGACAAACUCCAAAAGGUAGGUGUAUUUCUCCUGAUUUGAUGCCCAUGAAAGAACUGAUUGCUGCAGCUCAGGCCAAGCGAAUUUUGUCUCGCUCCACUUCCUUUUCUCACAGCUAUUUAGAUGGUAAAAUUGUUCCAGAUGCAAUAGUAAGCCCAUCUCUAGUCCAUAAAGGAGACUUUUCUGGGCAAGGUUUUCCUCCAAAUAGUUUGGUCAACAAUACAUCUACUGGCGAUGAUAUGAGCAAUUCAUCCCAGAAUGGCGGAAAAAUUUCUCACAUUAGUUUGCAACUGAAAUGCACAAACAGAUCUAACCAUGUAGAAGCAAAUGCAGCAUGGAAAACUUUUGAAGCUUUACUUUGUACACUGACUAGGACAAAAGAGAGCAUAGGCAGAGCAACACGGCUUGCAAUUGAUUGUGCUAAAUACGGGUUGGCUGCAGAGGUAAUUGAACUUCUUCUUCAAAACCUGGAAAAAGAACAGAGCUUGCACAAAAGGAUAGAUCUUUUCUUCCUUGUAGAUUCAAUUACUCAGUGUUCUAGGAGUCAGAAAGGUGGAGUGGGAGAUGUCUACCUCUCUCUUGUCCAAUCAGUGCUUUCACGUUUAUUAUCUGCUGCUGCACCUCAUGGAAAUGCUGCAUCCGAGAACCGCAGGCAAUGCAUUAAGGUUUUGAGAUUAUGGCUCGAAAGGAAAACCCUUCCAGAAUCAAUUGUUCGUCAUCACAUGAGAGAACUUGGCUUCACAAAUGAACUGUCAUAUAGUAGUAGUUCUUCUCGGCGUCCAUCAAGAACAGAGCGGGCUCUUAAUGAUCCUCUCAGGGAAAUGGAGGGAAUGCUUGUUGACGAGUAUGGAAGCAAUAGCAAUUUUCAACUUCCAUUCCUGGUGAAUACUAAUGUGCUAGAAGAUGAAGAAGGAAAUGCUUCUGAUGGGAAGAGUUUUGAGGCUGUUACUCCAGAAAGAUGUGCUGAAAUGGAUGGUGAGAAGGAGACAAUUCAAACUUCUAUAGAAAAGAAUCCCCAUGUCUUGGAAGAUGUGGAUGUUGAACUUGAGAUGGAAGAUGUAUCCCCUCCUGUGAAAAUGAACUCUUCAGGAUCUUAUACUAUUCACUCCCAUCAUCAGACUGAUCAGCAACAUUUAUUACCAUUUGCUCCGCCACUUCCGGAGGACAGGCCACCAUCUCCACCCCCUUUGCCAUCUUCUCCUCCUCCUCUGCCACCACCACCUCCUCUUGGUUCCCCCUGUUCAACCACACAUUCUGUUGUUCCACAGUGGCAAUCAGGAGUUCAUGCCCUUGCUGAUGCCAUUGAGUUGCACCUGCCUAGAACUGAUCCUAACAUGCAAAAUCAACAAUCCCAUUAUUUUAGCCAACAACCUUCUAAUCAAGAUGCCCAUUUGAUGUCCAGUAAGCCUGCGCCACAGUAUGGCCCCAGUUAUGGAUGUCUUCCUGGCGAGAUGCCACCACCUGCUUCUGUUCCCUAUGGCGGUGUCACUACUUCUCAUCCGUGCAAUCGGUAUCGGAAUGACUUUCAGCCAUUAGCCAGCACUUCUUUGAUGGACACCGGUUAUCGCUUGCGGCCACCUCCACCAACGGUUUCAAAUCAAUUUUCUUAUGUACAGGCUGAACCUCAACAAAGAGCACAUCCUUGGGGUAACUGUCCAUUUCCUGAGAGAUUUCAGUAUGCACAUGAGAGCCACAGGGGCAGUUUGCAUGGUGAUCAAGUGGCUACAGGGCAGUUGUAUCAGGAUGUUGUUGCAAGAAACAGAUUAUCUCCAGUGCUUCAGCCUGGUUCAUCUCUUGGUGACAAGGUUGGAGUAUCACCUGCUUCUCUUCCCCCCUAUGGUACGUCAGAACCCCCAUCAGUGACAUGUAAUAAUGGCUGGUCACAUCCUCCAAGGAUUUCAAAUUACUCUAUACCUACAUCAAGACCAUCAAUAGAGGGUGCAACUUCAAAAGUGGCAGGAGCAUGUGGCUACUGGAGACCAAGAUAAGAGUGCAGAUGGUAGGUUCAACAACUUGUCUUCUGUGGAAUCCUACUUUUGCAACCUGGAGUUAUCCCUUUUUUUUUUUUCGGAAAUACUCAUCUGUUUUGGAUGAAUAUGAGAUUCUUCCCUUUCCUGCUGGAAGAUGGGCCCAGUGAUCGGCCUCCUUGUAAAUAUUUAUUUUAGAAUUAUUCUGCAGAUGCAGAGGCAUAACAAGUAAUUGUGGCAGAGGCACAUCAUCUCUGUAGGCAGUCUUGUAUCAAUCUAUUUAUGGUAGAUUUAGUCGGAUAGUUUUAUACAUUACGACGAGAAGGAUCAAAGCACUUAUGUCCACCAAAGACUUCCUUUU